AUGUGCUGUAGGAUUGACAUAAUAAGGUCGGUCUUUCAUCUAACCAUACUACUUACAAACAUCAACAUCAAGAGAAAACUUAGAGAUUGGACACUCUGCGACGCUAUGGAGAGCAUUGAUACUAUCUGUGAUAAUCUGGAGGCAGCAUUUGCCGAUCAGAAGGAUGAUCCCCUUUCGCUAGUUACCAUAAUCGAGAUGUACAGCGACCAAGUAGAAUCCGAGGGUAAAGAGGAGGAGAAAGAGAAGUACCUGGAAAAGCUGAGUGAACUUCUUGUUGCUCAUCCAGAUGUGGUUGCACAGAUUGGCUGGGAUUUACCCAAAGGGCUUUUGAACUUUUACGUUUCUCCAAACCUUUUCCCAUAUCGACGCCUGAGAAGCAACAAGAUCGUGGUUGGAGUGAUGAACUGCUUUCAGGAGAUCGCAGUGCAGGGAAAUCCAAAAGAAUGCUUGCUAACUGGUUGCCAGUUGCUUUCAGAGCUUACCAUGGAACACAUCUCCCAGGAACUGGUUGAGAUUGAAAAGCGCGACAGUGCUCAUAAGGAAGUGCUGGAGUCUUUUAAGGACUUUACGUCUCCCGCUGAGCUUAUACUGGGGCUGAAGAGCCAUGUUCUGUUUGAAUUGAUCCAGACGGUGCUUAGAAGAAUUGAAACGCUGUACCCUUCAAAGUUUCUGGGCAUGGCAGUUUCUGUCAUUUGCAAAUUUUUGAGAUCCAACAUGGACGAAGUUGAUAAUACGGCGUUCUUCUUGCGCCGUAUCUUUGCAUUCUGCCGAAACUAUGCCCCCAAGGAAGUCUCAGACGAUGCUGCAGAUUUGAAGGAAUUGGGCAGCAAGGAGGUGGACAAGAUCAAGGAGGACGAGGCGAUUCUGCAGGGGAAGCUUCUUCGUAACCUCUGCACAUUUGCGGUCGGGUUCUGUAUGAAGAGGAAGCAUCUUAGACAUGAUGUUCAAUACUAUGGUUCGUUCUCUGACGUCAAGACUGAAAAGCAUCCUUACUAUGAGGAGCUUUUUGAAGCGUGUUCAAGAUUCUAUCAGCUGGCUUAUUCGUUUGACAUAGAUCUUAGAGAGGAAUUUUUGAGCGUCAUAAAGGGCAGCAGAGACAUUUACAAAUCUUUGCCGCCGGAUUCAGAGAUCUCUAGCGAUGAGGCCCGUCGUGGCAUCGGACAAGUGGUUUAUCAGCUGUCUCAUACUUAUCAUCUGCAAAAGAUGGCUAAAGCUACGGAAUUGGAGCUUGAUCCCUUCGGAAUUGUCGUACUUUCCGGAUUGAACUACUUGGUGACCGGCAAACAUUUAUACCCUGAAAUCAAGCUGCAGGAUGCCAUUUACUUAUACAUUAGGUUCGCUACGCCUUCACUGUUCACCGAUCUUUAUUUCAAUGAAGCAGCAGAGGAAAUUUCCCGUUAUUGGCUAUGGGUAGCAAUAACGAACUCAGGUUACAAAGAGUUGAAAGGACAAUUGGUAGAAAUGCCCUCAUAUAUAAACGCUGUUCUGCUACAGAUGUUGCUUUUGCGAAACUGUGAGCAAGCCAAUGAGCAGUCACGCAUGGUCACUUUCACCCUUUUGACUCGUUUGUUGUGCUUGAUGCCUGAAGAGACUACGUUCUCUUUCAGCUUAGACACCUUACUCACUUGCCCAUAUGUCAAACCGAAAAUUUGCAUGCUUGGAAUCAUGAAAGACCUAAUGUUGAGAUCUUGCCAGUGCAAACGGGACUUGGCUGCUCAGCUGAUGGACCUCAAACUUAAGGAUAACGACUCGGUAACGGACUCCCAAAAGAUUGCAUCUCAGGGAUCGCCUCCGCCAUUACCACAAAGAGCAUUCUUGUCGCUCAACGAGGAUAGGAUGGCUUGUAUCCACAGCGUGGCGUUAAUGGCAGUUGAUAAAGCUUCGAAAGAGGAGCGCCAAAAAGAAGACCUCCUUCUCUUGCUCAACUACCUGAACUUUUUCAACGCUCUUAGAAACAAAUGGGAUAAGAACCUCUUGAAGUCGAUUCAUUUGGAAAUUGCAGCCCAUUUCAAUGACGGCACGGAGGAGAAGUUACCUGAGAUUGGAUUCAUAAAAGUUGCAAACGAUACUUUAGGCAAUAAUCUGUAG